AUGAAAGCAAACUUUGCUCAACACCUGUCUAUAUAUAUUGCAGGUUUCAGUGGCUGCCCAGUUGAUCCGUUCGCUCUGUUGUCUGGGAAUAAAGAGGUGUCGCAGAUCAUGGCUCCCUGGCCUGAGGUGGAAAAGCCUGAAACCAAUAACUAUAUUGGGGACUCUUCCAAACAAAACCAGAACAUGGCUGGGAAAGAAGGAGAAAAUUACAAAGGCAAUGUGGCUUCACUUGGAAAUAAAGGGGAAAUUCAACCUGCAUUUUCCACAAUAGCCUUGAUAGAUGAGACAAGGCCAGAAGAAGGUGACCCAUGGGCUCUGCCAGAACUGCAGGACACUGGGGUCAAGUGGUCAGAAUUGGAUAGAAAAGGAAAAAUCAUUCGUGUACUCUAUGGGAUAGGGAAGUUUAUUAUGCUACUUGGAUUACUCUACUUGUUCGUGUGUUCUCUGGAUGUACUGAGCUCUGCUUUUCAACUGGUAGGAGGUAAAGCGGCAGGGGACAUUUUUCAAGAUGAUUCAGUGCUGUCUAAUCCUGUUGCGGGAUUGGUGAUUGGAGUUCUGGUGACCGUUAUGGUCCAGAGCUCCAGCACUUCUUCAUCCAUUGUGGUCAGCAUGGUGUCCUCCACACUGCUGACUGUUCAAUCAGCUAUUCCUAUCAUAAUGGGGGCAAACAUUGGCACCUCAGUUACAAACACGAUUGUGGCACUCAUGCAAGCUGGGGACAGGAAUGAAUUUAGAAGGGCCUUUGCUGGGGCAACAAUCCAUGAUUUCUUUAACUGGCUCGCUGUGUUUGCGCUGUUGCCCAUUGAAGUUAUUUCUGGGUAUCUUUACCAUCUCACCAAUGCUAUAGUUGAGUCCUUUCAUCUUGAAAGUGGUGACGAUGCCCCUGAGCUACUAAAAGUUAUCACAGACCCCUUUACAAAGCUCAUCAUUGAGCUUGAUAAAUCAGUAAUAAAUGCAAUUGCUACAAAUGAUGAAUCAGCAAAAAACAAAAGCCUGGUAAAGAUUUGGUGUGUAACUGAAACCAAUGUGACACUGCAGAAUGUCACAAUUCCACCUUCAGAAAACUGCACGUCUCCUGACCUUUGCUGGACCAAAGGAAAUUUGACAUGGACCAUGAAGAAUGUAACUGAAACAGAAUAUAUCAGUAAAUGCUGGCACCUCUUUGCAGACACAACCCUCCCUGAUCUUGCCAUCGGUCUCAUCCUUCUGGCUUUGUCCCUGCUUGUUUUGUGCUCCUGUUUGGUGAUGAUAGUUAAGCUAUUAAACUCUGUGCUUAAAGGACAAGUGGCGAGUGUUAUCAAGAAGACAAUCAACACUGAUUUCCCAUUUCCUUUUACUUGGCUAGCUGGAUACCUGGCUAUGCUUGCAGGGGCUGGUAUGACCUUCGUUGUCCAAAGUAGUUCUGUUUUCACAUCUGCCAUUACACCCCUUGUUGGCAUUGGCGUUAUAAGCAUUGAGCGCUCUUAUCCCCUUACCUUAGGAGCUAACAUUGGCACAACCACAACAGCUAUACUUGCAGCUUUAGCAAGUCCAGGGAGUACAUUAAAAUAUUCAUUACAGAUUGCCUUGUGCCACUUUUUCUUCAAUAUCUCUGGGAUUAUUCUGUUUUACCCGCUACCUGUUACCCGGCUGCCAAUUCGCAUGAGCAAGACCUUGGGAAACAUAACAGCCAAGUACAGAUGGUUUGCUAUAUUUUACCUUCUCGUCUGCUUCUUUCUUUUGCCUUUGUUUGUAUUCGGUCUGUCACUGGCAGGCUGGCCAGUCCUUUUGGGUGUUUGCCUUCCCCUGUUUGCUCUUUUUAUUGCUGUGAUUGUAAUUAAUGUUAUGCAGUCGAAGCGACCACAUUCACUGCCUGAGAAGCUCCAAAAUUGGGAUUUCCUACCCAUCUGGAUGCACUCCCUAGAGCCCUGGGACAAUAUAAUUAUGUCCUCGCUCUCCUUUUGUGGGAAACACUGCUGUGGCUUCUGCAAGUGCUGUAAAGUCAACGCAGAACAGGAGGGUGCCAAAGACAAGCAGCUAAAAACUAUGGAGGUUUACGAAAACACCAUUGCGAUGGCUGAUGAAGAAAGAGGUGGAAGAAGGGCACCAGCCGCAGCUUGUGUUGAAAAAACAGGCACGAACAACACAGCCUUAUAGUAGCGGAUCAACCCAUAUUAGCUGAGAUACAGCAUAGGACAGUCAGGCUCUUGAAAACCACCUUGGACAAUGGACUGAGGGUGAACGUUUUGUUAGGCUCCUGCAGCCAGUGAUAUAUCACUCCUUAAGGAAUGGAGUCAGACAAGCUUGAC